AAGCUAUAUGAUAUGAGGUUUAUUGCAAAUUGCAGUAAAAUGCAUACAAAUCCACACCACACUUUUCAGAUUUUUACUGCGAGAAAAACAUACUUUGAAAACUAUGCAUAACUAUAUCCAUGUACUUCUCUGUUAUGUGCUUCUUGCCUGUCAUAAAAUUCCUCCAAAAUAUUUUGACAUUUCUAGCUGUACUGGGACAAAACAUGAAAAGAUUAAAGGGGUUCCUUUGCCAUGUAACGCAUAUCAUAUUUAGGUUUCAUGGCUGUAAACUGGGAUGUUUACAUAUUCAGUCUGAUAGGAAAUUAUUUUAAACAAUUUGAUUGUUAGUUUUCAUUUUCAGUUUAUGUUUGCGUUUUUGUCAACACGGUAAACAGAGGCACGCUGACUGUCCAAAAGGUCAAACAAAGUGAGAAGGUCUCGGAGAAACAGCUGGACGAUGCUGACGUUCUGCUGCCACACAGUCGGCUGAGUUUUGACGCUCUUUGUUCCAGGAAACAAUAAAGCGGCCACCCCCUCCACCACCACCCCCAGAUGAGCGCAUCCCACUGUACGCAGCGUCUACGUAAUCUGGCUGCUUGGAGCUCGGAGAACAACAACACGCACUCGGGACUGAGGGAUGCUGCUGGGACCCAGUGGAUGAUGCGCCCCGCGCUCCGCAGGAGUCACCGCCAUUACAUCAUCUUCAUCCGCUCGAGAGCCGUUUAGUCACAGCCUGUGACUGGGAUCCCGGCCGUUUGGAUCGAGCAGCGGGGAUUAAUGGAACGCACAACGCUGGCGUUUCAAUGAAGGCAGUGGAGGGGAGGGGGAGAGCAGGAGAGACGUGCACCGUCAUCAGCAUCUGUCCGCCAGCUCCCUUUGUUUUCACCGGAGAACGUGAAUGGCGAGAGAUGACAUGGCAGAGGUAGACUUGCCGUCAAACGGAGCGGAGCCCCCCGGUGAGGCGUCCCCGGCGUUCCCCUAUGAGGAGUACGAAUGUAAAAUCUGUUACAAUUACUUCGACCUUGACCGGCGGGCUCCGAAGAUCCUGGAGUGUUUGCACACGUUCUGCGAGGAGUGCCUGAACACGCUUCACCUCCGGGAGGAGCGGCCAUGGCGCAUCAGCUGCCCAGUGUGUCGCCACCGGACGCCCGUCCCGGACUACCGGAUCCAGAACCUGCCCAACAACACCAAGGUGACGGAGGAUUUCCCGCUCUACAUCGACUCCGACCCCUUGCCGCAGGACGCCCUGCCGCCGUACCCCCCGCCUCUGCACCCGGCUCUGGUCGCCCUCCGCCGUGAGGAGGCGUCGGGCGCCAGCCAGGCGACCCCUUCCACCACGGUGUCCACGGCCACAACCCUCUCUCAGGACUCGGUGCGCUACGACAGCUGUCAGAGCUGCAAGAGGGUGGCGCUGACCACCGGCUGCGUGUGCGUGAUUUUCUCGUUCCUGUCCAUGCUGGUGCUGCUGUUCAUGGGCCUGAUUUUUGUGCACAGCCACAGCAUCCCCCCUUCUCCGGCCGGACCCAUCUGCUUGUCGGUCGCCAGCAUCCUGGCCAUGUUCUCGGUGGUCGUCACGUGGCUCAUCUGCUGGCUCAAAUACAGACCUGACCACGAGACAGGCCGCGCGUCCGCUACCAGUAACUCCAGGAGGAACGCCUGAUUGGCUGCUGGCCCUGAUGUACCAGGGCUGUGUGUGCGUGUGUGUGUUUGUGAGACCAUGUACAUAGGAGCCUCCUGGCAACUGAUUUUUUUUUCUUGCUCCCUUUACUUUUUUUUUUUUUUUUAGGGGAAAUGGCCUUUUAUCAGUAUAGCAAACACCCAAAGGCCUUCAUGUUGUUUGGAGCAAUAUAGGCCAACUUGAUUCUUGAUAAUAUUUUUCCUAAACUUAUGCACUGGACUUUGGGGUGGUAGCUGACUGGACGUGUUGCUGGGUGAACUUCUUACUUUGAUGAGAGUUUUGGGGUGUAUUUGGUUUGAUAAAAGAACAUGAAGUACUUAGAUUUGGGUUCGGUACCCUUUCCAUCACUGUCUAGCUAUAUAAUAUGCAUUUACCCCCACUAUGCCACUCACUGUAUGAUAACUGUCCACAAUGAUUCAGUCACAUCUCAGAAAAACCCACCAGUGUUAUUGUACAGAUAUGCUCACUUUUGGGGGGUUUUGGUUGAAAGGGUUUGGUUUUGAUGGAUGCUUACUGUUUGUUUAUGUGGUGAAUCUUUAAAUCGGAUCUCAGCUAAGCUGCAUCCACAAUGGAAUCAUGUAAAUAGGUCAGAAGUAUGGACAACUGCUGCGGGAUGUUUGGCGUGAUCAGCCUUUUUUUUUUUUUUUUAGAGACCUUCCUUUGUGCUUUACCUUUAUCUUGCAGGAUGGUACUGUUUUUACUGCCCACUUCUUCCAAGCAAAGGAAUACGAAGAGACAACUUGUGAUUUUGAACCCGUGUUUUGCUACUUUAGUGCAUGUGAGGUCAUUCUAUUCCUUUCUUUACUUUAUAAUGAAAGAGACAGUUUGUCUCCUGACUUUUGUGCCUCACCGUGUUUCAAAAUGAAGUCAAACUUCACUGCUUUCAGAAUCAAACAGCGUCGAAGCUCGGGUGUAAGUGGGGAAUCCCUCAUCUGCUCUCAUCUUCUACUCACACUCUGGAUGGAAGUUAAAGACAGGGUUUUCCCAACGUAUAGCACCUUUUUGUAUGUUCGAAUAAUGUAAAAGCUUUUGCAUGUUGCUUCCGAGGAGAGAAAUGUUGGGCAGGUGCAGUCCAGAUUCCCACUUCAGCUGUUCACCUCUCUUGUUUUUCUCCAAAGCCAUAAUUAAGAAUUGUGUCGCCUUUACAGGCGCAGUGAGCCGGUUUUGAAUUGGUUCACUCCCCAUUAGGUACGGAAACCAAUUAGCUGUAAUCAAACAACAAACUGUUAGAAUACAACUGAUAACUUUUGUUUCAACAGGUUUAAUUUUUGUGGUUAAAAAAAACAACCUCUUCAAUUUGUUAAAUUGCGGCUUUACAUGUUAGAAUUCAUUUCUUUGAAAUUGUCUGAAAACAAAGAGAUUCGCCAGCCUGAUCCUUAUGUCAGUGCUAAUGAGAAGAUUUUUUCUAUCCCCAAAUUACCAACCAAAAAACUAUUUUUAAAAUAUUUUUAUUGAAUUAUAUUAGCUAAAUUUUAACUAAUAAUUAAGAUAAACUUGUUUAACUGGUAGGUCCUCCUUUCCCUUGACCACCCCAGCUAAGACCAGCCUUUUGUUGACAAUGCCCGCCUCAAGGUUAGAAAGCUCAGCUUACAAUUUGGACUUUAUCAUCAGCAUAAUCAUAGUAGCUAAAAUAAAAAAGGCUCUUCACUUUUAAAAAAUGGAUGGUUUGUGUUAUAAAUAUUUAUCCAUAACAUAGAUCAUAUUAUCAUAGCAGCCACUUUGUUCUGUGCUAAAGAGAGCCUAAUCACCUACACUGUUAAAAUUGGCUUUUAAAAUUAAUUCAACAAUUUGUGAACAAUUUGUGUAAUAGAGUAUUUCUGAGUAGAAAUCAUGUAAGUUCUACUGCUAAAAAAACCAACUUCCAAACAUGUUCUAAAAUGUACAGUUAAAUUUGAUUAAUUGUAACUGAUUGCUUAGAUUGUUUUGCUCUUCUGGUUUGUCCACCUUGCUAACAAGGAACCACAAAUAAUACUUUUUUGUUAAGGCAUAAAAUGGUAAUAAACAUUUUCAAUCCGUUCUCACAGGAUGAUAUAUAAAGCUUUUCUCUAAUUUGCGUCGUCGUAACCUCAGGGUUAGAAACUCAGCUUUAUCAUUCAGAUAAAUGAGGGGCAGUUACCUGCAGUGAUUUUUUUUUAAAUUGGUAAAAUUGAACUUGAUUUGUUUAAAUCUAAAUAAAUAUUUCCGAGUAGACGUCACGUAAAUUAAAAAUGUAGUUGAUCCACUAAAUGAGUUGCCUUCUAACCAGUUACAUCGUUUUGCGGCAUCGGACUUAUUUUAGCAGGACAUUCAAAGACGCUUUACAUGAAAUCAGUCAUUUCCAUUCACACACACGUUCACAUGAAUAUAUUUUUAACACAUUGAUAUAAGAUUCAGGCAUAAAAUGUUAUUGAAGUAGUGAUACAUUUUAAAUGUAUUCAAACACUUGAAUACAUUGUAAAUGCUGUGGUUUCCACUUACAACCACACCUCAUUGUGUCACUCCUGGGCAAAGACUGCCUCAAGACUUAGAAGUCCAUCUUGCUAGCUAACUUAGCUUUAGCAUUAGCACUGUGGCUGAUCUAGUUUAGCUGGAUGCAAUCUUUAAUUCUUGCUCCAACACAAAAACCACCAGUCUUAUUGCAGUUUUUAACAUUUAAUUGGCAACACAACUUGUAACACCCUUCAAGAUAUGCAUCUUCCAGAUACUGAACCAGAUGAAGAAGAACGGCUAGAAUAACCAACAUAUUUAGUAAAAUUGAGUUUAAAAUGAUUAGGUAUGCUUUGCUACCAAAAUCAAAUAGAUAAUGUUAGCAUUUUGCUAUUAUCGUCCAUUACAUUUACAAACUAAUUUGCUUGAUUAAACUAUAACUAUAUAUUACAUAAAAUGUAAUAGGUAAUACCUUCCCAAAACAUUUUUGUAGUGAAUGUGGCUGAGUUUAGGUAAAUGCAGUAGGAUUAUGGAUGUUGAAAGCUGGUAGGUAACUAUAAAAACACCCUGCAGAUGGUGAAAUGAAAAUAUUUCCACCUUAAAUGUUUGCAUGCUGGAAUACACUUUUGAGAACAGAAUCAGGAUCAGACAGCGUAGUGUGAUGGAAGUGGGCUAAACUGGAGGGUGUUAAUUUUUGUGAUUGUACAAUUCUGAUGCUUCAUAGUCUAAAAAAAGAUGUCAACACCUGUCAUAAAUUGUAUUAAUGUAAAACUGAGAAAUUGUGAGACUAACAUGUUUUUCUCCGAGCCGUUCUGUUUGAAAGUAUUCCUGGCUGCAGUGGAGGAGGGAAACAGCAAAGCCAGUUUCCUGUGGUUAUUGAUGGUUAUUGAGCUAGAGCCCUGCCAGUCCGAUUGCUUCAGUCAUCCUGCUCGACCUUUCCCCAACAAGUACGAUGCACUUUCACCCUCUUAUUUUACACAAGUAAUGGGGCAAAAACCUUUGACCAAUGUAAGCAUAACGUUAUUUAUUUCUGAGGACCUAGAAAACGUUGUCAGUUUUUAUGAGAGUCUGUGGUUGUCGUUCAAGUUCCAAAUGUAUUUGCACAGAGAAAUGUUCUUUAUGUGCUGAUUUACAUGCAUAAACACAUUUCAGUAAUAAAGGAAACAUGCAUACCAGUCA